AUGUGGGUGAGCAGGGCAUUGAUGAGUUGCUCGAAGUACGAGGACUUUGUUCUUUCACGCCGAUCUCGCCUGCGGAUCAAGGCCAUGGUGGAGACCUUCCUCAAGCAGGGGCUUGUCACCCAAGACAGAUCUCGCAUCCGUCGAUGGGCUGGGGUCUUCGUCCUCCGCCAGCUGGUCACGGCCAUGUUCAAAAACGCAUGCAACUCCGGAGCGCCCGACUGGAGCGUUGUCAUUUACCGGUGCCUGUCGAUUACUCUGUCUUCCGCGCUCGGCUGCCGCCCCGGUGACAUUACCACUGCCUGGCUCCAAGACCACGAUCUCAACUAUCUCGCCUACAUGGACAUUACGGCCACGAUGAAGAAGGGUGGAAAACCCAUCGAUGAUCUCUCUGCCACCGUCGUCAUCCGCAAUGAGAAGGGCCACAAAUUCAACUCCCACAAGAAUCGCACCGUUCCGCUCAACGCACUUCCGGCUGAAGACUGUACCAUCUGCCCCAUCAAACUCCUCCUGAUCCACGCGCUUCGAACCGGCCAGGUCGAGGAAACCUCCAUCGAUGAGCUCAUUACCAACCUCGCGCGACGCCCCAGCCGACAGGUCAUUUGGAAGAAUCCAAAACACCCCGUCCUUUGCGCGAUUGGUGCACGUAGUAUAGGGCUCGAUCUCGAGGAGCCGGCCAUCCACACACAGAUGGAUGGCACUCUAGAGCAAGCAUCUGUGGCUGCUGGUCUGCUCGCAGUCCUCAAAUCUUAUGAUCUCCGCCGCGGUGCCGCACGGGAUCUUGCCAACAACCCAGACGUUAUAACAGGCACGGCCAACGCCGGCGUCGGUGCUGGGCUCGGUCAUCUUACAACAUCUGUCAACGUUACCGCCCACUACAUCGGAGACUACAACUUCGAUCAUUACAGUGCACGUGUUGCCAAUCCGUAUCAAGACCAAACCGAAUCCAUCCCCGUCGCCAUCGAGCCUUUUCAGGAAGCUCAGCACACAAAAGCGGAGGUUACGGCAGCAUGCGAGCCAGCUGUCCAAAUGAACCGAAACCAGGCGUUCAGCGGUCUCCGCAAGCGCAAGCGCGAGGAUUGGCGAGCCGAGCAGACCAACAAGCGUCAUCUUCCCUCUGGCUCGGUAUCCAACAUCGACACAGCUUCCUCCGACAGUGCUACAUCAGCUUCUUCAGUCGCCAGUGCUACCCCCGCUCCUCUCGCCACCACGGACGAAACCGAAUUCAUCCUCGACCCAGCCCUCCGCGAGCCCGCCGACACUGCCGACAGGAUGCUGUUCCGUCAAGAGUUGAGUGAGGAGCGUGCAUUUGACCUUGAGGAUCUCGCACUUGACUAUGCCGUCGGACAGGAUUCCUCCUCUUCUGCUUCUCUGCCUGCUUGGAUGACACCCGACGAUAAUCUGGAAUUCGUGCGACGGGCCUCGACCAUCAACGUCAGCAGCCAUACCGCCCAUGGAGCAGUCCUCCAGCACGUCUUCCAUCUGCUCAUCGGUGGUUCUCGGGAUGCACCGUCGGAGUGA